AUGACCUCAAACAUCCCUGAAAUUCUGCUGUUAUGCAUGGACUCUGCCUACAUAGCAGCUUUCAAAGCUGCGAUGGGCGAUCUCUGGCCCAGCCACACCAACAGCGAGAUAAAGAUCACCACCAUAAAUGAGCGCCUAAACAGCAUUCCUCCCUCAACGACCUUUGAUCUCAUAGUCUCCCCCGCAAACUCCUACGGUCGCCUCGACGGCGCCUUUGAUCAUGCGAUUUCGAUGACUUUCAGUCCACGCCAUGACUACCACGCUCUCACCCGCGCAGCACAGCUAGUCCUCUACGAUAAAUACCGAGGCUUCGCUCCUCCGGGCUCUUGUACACUCGUCGAGUUUCCCAAGCACUUGAAAAAAAAUCCACGCGACUGUUCGUGGGUAGCUAUCUGUCCGACUAUGCGUGAACCAGAUGAUGUGAGCUGGGAUCGGGAGGUUGUCUAUGAGUGUACUUGGAGUUUGCUUUGCCAGGUUGAGGGACAUAAUCGUCAUGUCAGCGCUCAAAGACCUGCCGAUGGAGCUGGCUUGGAGAUUAUUAAAACCCUUCUCAUGACGCCGUUGGCUGUUGGCGUAGGGAAGGUUAGUAAGGAGCGAUGGGCAGCGCAGACGGUCAUGGCAUUUAAGCAUUUUGUGGAGGCUGUUCAGAAACCGGAGGUUUGGAGUGGAUUGGAGUGGAAUGCCAUUGAGAAGAUUGGGAAUGAAAUUAAAAGAACUUGGAAGGAUACCUGA